AUGGAAUUUAAUAACUUUGAAAAAAACAAUAUUGAAAUUAAUUUUAAAACUAAUCAAGAAAUUAUUGAUAUCAAAAUCUUUGAAGAAGAUUCAAAAAUAGACAAAAAACAUUUUGAUAACUUGGAAUAUGAUACUAUCAAAGAUGAUAUUGAGACCAGUAGUUUUCAAUCAUCCAAAGAUAGAUCAUCAUUUUAUAUGAACGAUGAUAAUAUUAGUCAUUAUGAUUUUAUAUCAAAUGAUAUAGAUUAUAUUAAUUUUGAGGCUUUACGAGAAUCUAUUGAAGCAUUUUUUAUGCAACCUUGUACAUCAAUCUUUAGAAUAGACCAAACCACAAGCAAUCAAAUACCUUAUCUUGUAAAUAUGAAAGAUGGUUCUGAAUAUGUUGUACGUUUAUCAUGUCCUAAUAACCAAUUUCAUAAGUACUCUAAAGCUUAUACUCUUAAAAGAUUACAAAGUGAGGCGGCAAUUGUCAACUAUAUCUCUAAACAUACAGAUAUUCCUACUCCUGAAAUAUAUUAUUGGAAUGAUGAUAAAGACAACUCUAUUGGUACUGAUUUUGUAAUAAUGAAACAUUUACGUGGUAUUCCAUUAUAUGAAGAAUGGCCAGAUCUUACAUUUGAAGAAAAGCAAGAUAUCUUAAUUCAAAUAAUAGAUAUUUUAAUGACAUUAAAAAAUUUACGAUUUCCGAAAAUAGGAAGUUUAUACUCAGAUGAACUAAAAGAUAAUGAUCAAGUAGUUGUUGGUGAAUGCAUAUUUCACGUUUUUAUGUUAUUAGGAAGAGAUGAAACAAAAAAUACCAAUUUUGGUCCAUUUUCAACUACUCGAGAUUUUUUACAAGCUGCUUUGGAUAAAGAAAUCAAAUUUCUUGAUGGUCAGGGUGGUGAAUGCAAAGAAUUACGAUGUCCAGUUCAAAGGCAAUUAGCUGAAUUAUUUUAUGAUCAUUUCUAUGACAAAGGUCAUGAUGAUACUUUUGUUUUAUGUCCUUCUGAAAUAACUGCUAGUAAAAUUUUACUUGAUCGAGAUUUCGACAACAAGGUUUUUAUCUCCGGCUUUCUCGCUUGGGAUUGUACUGGUUCAUUACCAAUGGAAUACCUUUUUCAAAAUCCUGCUUGGAUCAGAAAUGAUAACAUUGAUGGUAUGAAAUAUUCAGAAGAAAAGAAGAAAGAAAAUCUUCAACUUCAAUAUUUCUUUUGUCAAGAAUUAUAUUCACGUGAUCCAGAUAUUGAAUUUAUUUGCAGAGAUAAAGUGAGAGGUUUAUUUUUUGCAGUUAUACUCCACCAUUUCUUAAAUCCUUGGUCGAUUUCUGACUUUAUACAAGAAUUAUGUGAAGAAAUAGAAGAAGAGAUGGAAACAGAAUGGACAAAAUAUGAUUUAGAAGAGGGUUAUGUUAGAUGUAAUGAUGUGACAAAUUAUAAUUUAAAUGAAUUAGAAUUUGAAAGCAUAUCAAGUUUGGAAAUUUUCGGUGAAGAAUACGAAAAUAAUCAAGAUGAUAAACAAAGGGAAGAAAUAGAAAUCACUUAA